CAACAGUCAGAACAUGCCUUAGAAUCAAAAUAUUCCCUUUCUGAUGAAAUGUCUUCAGCAAGGAGCAAAAAGUGAAUACUCAAAGAUUCCAUGUUUGUUAUACCCAAAGAUACAAGCUAAAAUCAUGGAAAAACAACACAAGUGUGACAUUUCAAACUGCGUCCACAGGGACAGGAGCAGAACAUGGAGUGACACCGUGGGGUAGGGAGGCAAGAAAGAUGGGAGAAGAAGCACAGCAAGGAAAACGCUCUGCCCCUGGAAAUGAAACUUCAAGAUUCUGGGACAUCCCCUCAGAACCCUAGGGACUGACUCAGCAUAAACUGAUCGAAUUAUCAAGGCAACGAGUCUGGGACUAGAGCAACAGGAAGUUCCUCUACAGCUCUCUUCACUUACUUUUGAAUGCUCAUUUCUCUUUUUCCAUAGCUUUGAGGGAGUCACUAUUCCCUCCACUGCCCAGGCUUUCCUCCAUUCCCACCUCCGACCCGAAGAAGACAAGUCCCUAAGACUGUUUCUCACUUUAAGAAUAAAAUCCAUUAUUUAAGGAAGAAACACAUGAGACAAAAAAGACAACACCUCUAAGAGGGACACAAAAAGGUAAUGAUGAAAGGAAAUGAUAAGAGAAAAGAAGUUGGAUGAUUCAAGCAAACAGGUAUGCUCAAGAACCUACUUCACUCACGCUCAGAUGCUUGGGUCCUGAUUGCACCGUUGGAAGCUCAGUAACAGCUACAUGUUUGUUCCUCCCAGGAGAUUUGGAAGAUGCAGAGUUAGACACAGAUUUCUCAUUCUCCUGCUAUGCUCAGUUGGAAGUGGAUGGAUCCCAGCACUCACUGACCUGUGCUUUUGAUGACCCAGAGAUCAACAGCACCAAUCUGGAAUUUGAAAUAUGUGACAGCCUCGUGGGGGUAAACUGCAUGAAUUUUAAUAAACUUCAAGAGGAGAAAUAUUUCAUCAAGACAAAGAAGUUCUUAAUGAUUGGUAAAAGCAAGAUAUGUGUGAAGUUUAGAGAAGAGAAUCUAGCUUGUAAAAGAGUGGAAAUUGUCCAUAUAGUUAAACCUGAGGCUCCUUUUGACUUAAAAGUUAUCUAUCGUCAAAGAGCAAAUGACUUUGAAGUGACAUUCAAUACAUCACACUUGCAAAAGAAAUAUGUAAAAAAAUUAAUGCAUGAUGUAGCCUACUGCCACGAAAAAGAUGGAAACAACUGGAUGCAUAUGAAUAUAACCAACACAAGGCUGACACUCCCACAGAGAAAGCUACAAUCUGAUGCAAUGUAUGAGAUUAAAGUUCGAUCCAUUCCUGAUAGUGACUAUUACAAAGGCUUCUGGAGUGACUGGAGUCCAAGUUCUCAUUUCAAAACUCCAGAUAGCGCAGAAGAGAUGAAUCCUGUUUUACUAACUAUCGGCGUUACCAGCUUUUUUUCUGUGGUUCUGUUGGUCAUUUUAGCCUGUGCAUUAUGGAAAAAAAGGAUUAAGCCUAUCAUAUGGCCAAGUCUUCCUGAUCAUAAGAAGACUCUGGAACAGUUGUGUAAGAAACCAGAAAAAAAUUUUAAUGUGAGUUUCAAUCCUGAAAGUUUUUUGGACUGCCAGAUACAUAAAGUUGAUGACAUUCAAUCUAGAGAUGAAGUGGAAAACUUUCUGCAAGACACUCUUUCUCCACAACUACAAGAGUCUGAGAAGCAGGGACUUACAGGGAGUAGGCCUGGACCCAACUGGCCAUCCCAGAGUCCAGUUAUCACCACAGAAACUUUCAAAGGAGAAUUACCUUUCGGACGUCCUGCUGGAAAUGUCAGUGCAAGCAAUGCCUCCAUGCUCCCCUCUCUCUGGGCCCCAGGCUGCAGGGAGGGUAUCAGCAGUGGCUCUCCUGUGUACCAAGACUUGCUGCUUAGUCCUGGAACUACUGACAGCGCCAUGCUCCAGCCAUUUCCUCACCAGCCAGGAAUCCUGACAUUGAACCCAGAUGUUCAGGGACAGCCCAUCCUCACUUCUUUGAGGCAAAAUCAAGAAGAAGCUUAUGUCACCAUGUCCAGCUUUUACAAAAACCAGUGAACUGUAGGAUACUCAAGACAGUCCCUAUUAUGACUGAUGAUGAUGGCUGGAAAUGAAGUCUAGAGUUCUUAUUCUGCUUCUAAACACAAAGAAGGCAAAGUUAAUGCUACCCAAAAACAUAGUCUUCAGGAUUCUGAAACAUCGCUUUGACCUGCUGCUUCAGUUGCCUUCAACAUAAGGGAGGAGCGUUCUGCUUCUACCAUGUUGAUUUGGUCAUAUUGUUUCAGCGAAUUAACUAUGUAGGGCUUAAAAGUAGGAAUGACUGAAAGAAAUAUUGAAGGAAAGGAUAGAGGAAUGAGGAACACAGGAAGGGGGUAAAGGAAAAAAGAUGAGAAGGAAAUCAGAAUGACAAUUAUUGUUAUUAAGACUUAGUUUAUAACCACCAUUGUGCUGAGUGCACUACGUUUUGCCUUUUGCCUUUCAUUCUCAUAAUAAUCCUGGUAGAUAGGAAUUGUAAUCGUCAUUAUUAUUCCCUUUUUUAUACAUGAAGAAAUUGAGACUGAGGGCUUAACAAAUUUAUCCAAGUUGUCCAUUAAGUGAGGAUUGGACUCAAGAUCAGAUGCCCAGAGUCUGACUGUCAUGUCCCUGUAGAUGAGACUUGUCUUACCUACAAUGUGUUCCAUUUUUUAAUUGCACAUGCAGUUGGAUGGCUAUAUAAUUAAUUAUGCAAACUGGCUCAUUUUUGAAAGGCAAAGGGACAGUUAUAAAUAAUCACCUGAGCAUAACAAGCAUAAACUGGGAUUGUUCUAUAUAAAUGGGGUUACAUAGUUAUGUCAAUUAAAAUUGCUGUGAGAAAGAAAGUGGGGUGAGGGACAUAAAUGGACUUAUGUGUAUGAAGCACAGUGGCCAGUCAUACCAAGAAAGGGAAAAAGGCAAGAAAGAGCCAUCAAGCCAAUUUGAUUUUGUUUUUAUGAAAAUGAUGUCAGGAGGUAAUACGUUAGAAGCCCAGAAUUUCUUUUGCUAGUUAUCAAGACCAGGAUUCUCUUGCUGCUACCCCAAAUACAACCACAUUUAUUCAGGAUUGCAGAAGAACAUAUUGCUGGCCCUGAAAUGGGAUCUGACCAAGAAGCCAAGUCAAGGCACUCAGUUAAUCCCUCUCCCAUGGGCUGUCUGCACUGCUUGUACUCAGAAUCACACAGGGCAGAGGUGGCCCAGGGAAGUAAAGAAAGUUGAGUUCAGGGCUUUAUUUGGUAUCUAUUGUUGCUUAUGUAUUAAAUUUUCUUUUUUUAUUUUAUUUUAUUUAGAAAGAUUAAGUGAUUUUAAUUUUUAAACAUCUUUUGUGUUUGUCUUGUGCUAUCUGUGAACGAAGUUUACAUUGUGGACUAGUGGACCCUAUCUAUUGGUGUAAGUCCCAGCCAUAAUCAGAACAUUAUUUUCUUCAGAUGAAUGUUUUACUUUCCAAAGUGCUUUCCUCUAUAAUAAUUGUAAUGAAUAUAGUACUAUAAUUACUUAGAUUUGCUUGGUACUUUUUGAUUUUCACAGCACUUCUUUAAACAUUCUCAUCUCCUUCACAAACACAGAAAAAUCUGCUAUAUGCCAAUCAUGAUGUUAGACACAAGAGAUAUGAGGACAUAUAACCAUAGAAUUCCACCUCAUAAGAUGCAAAAUCUAACAAAAAGGACAACUUCUAAAUAAAUUAUUACAAUUUAUAAAAUUGUAAAUUUGUAAAAUUUUAUAACAAGGUAUGUUAAAAGUACCCUGUCAAAGACAAAAAACAAUGCCACAAAAAUGUCAUAAAUUUGCAUAAAGGGAAGAUGGAAUCUGCCUGGGAUAUAAGGAGAAAAGAUCAUUUCCACCAGGGAGACAGAUUCUCUUUUAAUUUUUUGAGUACAUGAGAGCCAAAUCUGAAAGAGAAAGUCACAAAAAUCUCAUGCCUAGAUUAGGCCUUUGACAUUUUAACCAUGGCUGGUCUUAGAAGGAUUUAUAAUAUUAUACUUGGUUUAUGAGAAUGUGGGGACAUAGGACAAGUUAGCUACUCAACUGAUGAAUCAUCUGUACCUCUGAUGUAAAUAAUCUCUCAAAGAAAGGAAAACUAAUUCCAGGGAUUAUCAAGGUCCUUCUUCACUUCUAAAAUGCUUUGUUUCAGUGUCAUUUGGUACUUGUUAUAAUUUUAAUUUAGUGUGUGUCUGUUAUUGGAAGCAUUUUAAAUUUGUGUAUUACAAUCAUAAUUGUAAUGGCUACUGAUACUUUAUUAUAUACUCAGAAACAAUAAUAAUGUAAGUUUGUCCAUUCAUUCUGCCCAAUCCCUUCUUGGAUUUCUUUAAGAAAGAAAAACUCCUGGUCAAAAACAAUGUGUAAGUCAGAUAUGACAACUACCAGCUCCAUGUAGCACAAAAUAAAGAGACAACUGAGAAAGAGGCAGCUAAUGGGCCAACAACUGUGCCUGGCUCCCAUGGACCUUGGAUUUUCAAGUGAUUUUCUAUAACUCUGUCUGUCUCUUUAAUGUGGAUUCCAGAGAAAUUUGCUUCAGAAAUUCCAAAUAUGUUUUACCUUACAUAUACAUGCUUGUGUUUUCUUAGCUCUUGUAGAGUGCUACAGAACUUGGAACUGACCAAGAAGACGGUGAGCACCUGGAAGUGAUACAGCUUAGAAGCCACUUUUGCCAGUUCAUUGGUUUGGUGGAUUAUCCUUAAAAAUGCACAUCAUUCACUACAGUGAAGGUGUUUGAUUUAAUUGUGUACUUUUUAUAUGCAUUACUUAUAUUUUGCAGAGCUGCUAAGUACAUAAGUAGAUACUGUAUGUUGCCAUUUUGUAUUUAAAUAAAUGCUAUUUAAUUAAA